AUGGUGAGAUCAGCUUUUCCCACUGAAGAAAGUGAUGCCAUACUUAACAUCAAAGGAAUGGAUCCUAACUCAAUGGACAUGCUCUUAUGGCUACACAGCAAAUCAGGAGAUAACAAGAAGAAAAACAAUGUCACCGUCGUUUUGAAAGUCGACCUGCACUGCGAAGGCUGCACAUCCAAAGUCGUCAAGCGCAUUCGCUCUUUUGAUGGCGUCGACACAGUAACGGCCGGCGAGGGCCAGAAGAUAACGGUGGUGGGGAGCGUUGAUCCGGCCAAGCUCCGGGAGAAGGUGGAGCAGAAAACCCGCAAGAAGGUCGAGCUCAUUUCGCCGCAGCCCAAAAAAGGGGACGGCAAAGAGGACGAAAAUGGGAAAAAGGAUCAGAAGAGUGAAUCCAAGGAGAAGAAAGGCUCAGACGACAAAUCUGAUCAGAAAAAAUCAAAGGAUAAAGAGACAGCAGUUACGACGGCUGUGUUUAAGCUGAAUUUGCACUGCGAUGGAUGCAUCGACAAGAUUUACAGAACCGUCUCCAAAACUAAAGGCUACGAGGACAUGAAGAUUGACGGCCAGAAAGACCUGGUGACGGUGACCGGCGCCAUUGACAUGAAGGCCCUGGCCGAGGCGCUGUCGGAGAAGCUGAAAAAGAACGUCUCGAUUGUGCCGCCCAAGAAGGACGGAGAGAAGAAGGAGAACGGCGGCGACGAGAAGGGGAAGAACGGCGGAGACGGUGGGGAUAAGGCGGAUGGGAACAAGAUGCAGACGCUGCUGGGCGGGUACCCGUACCCGUAUAUGCCGGGUCCCGUGGUUAUCGGGGAGCAGCUUCAUUACAACCCGUACCCGGCUUACCAGUACCAUGCGCCCGGGAUUUUCAGCGACGAGAACCCGAACGCCUGCACCGUCAUGUGA